AUGGCUUCAAUUACGUUUAAUAACUAUGAUGAUGAUGGCAAAGAUGUAGAAACCAAAACAAUCAAAAGUUUGAAUAUCUUAGUAGCUGGUUUAACUGGUUCCGGUAAAAGCUCAAUAAUCAAAAGUUUAUGCUCAAGCACUGAUGAGACAGAUAAUAUGACGAAAAUGUCAAUUAGAUCUGUCACAAAAAAUAUAACCAUGUAUUCGAAUAAAAAAAUAGUGAAUCCCAAUGAUCCAGAGGAUGAAUACAUGGUUAAUUUGUUCGAUACGGUUGGUCUAGGCGACAACAAUAUUGACGUCCCAACAAUUUUAAAACAAAUAAUUGAGUGGAUGCCAAAAGAUUUAUCGAAAAUUGACAAGAUAGUAUUUUGCUUCAAGAUGGAUCGUCUACGGGCUAAAAUGAGCGAAGAAUUGAGUAUAUUGUACAACUUUUUUAAAAUGGUCGGUGCGAACCCUGAGAAUUUUAUCGUUUGUUUAACAUUUUGUGAUAUUUUGAGUGAUGAUACAAUUCUUAACUUUUGGAAUGAGUUAAAAGCUUUGGAGGAUUUGCCUAUGGUAAAAGAGGUAGAAACCGUUACGUACACAUCCUUUCCAAACAUAGCUGAAUGUGACAAGGAUGAAUCACUUGUGCGCUAUUUGCAACGAAAAGCACGCAUAAGUCGACGUCGAGUGUUUGAAUCAGUUAUAUUGAAAGGAGCUAAAGCGUUUUAUCCGCAUCAUACAAUGAUGAAAAUGCCACAGGUAGAUUUCGAUGCAUUAUGCAACAUUCUAAGAAGUUUCAAAGCUGGUAAACGUUCAUGGUUUUGGGGUUUCAUUGACAAUAAGACGGAACAAGAAGAAAUAAUGAACCAAUUAAGAAAAUUGCGUGCACCUUUGGUCGAUCAAGAUAAGAAGAAAGAGACAGCUGUUGAUAAAAAAGCUAAAACAUAA